CAGCUUUGUUAGGCGGAAGCGCACACGUACCGGAUGGGCGGGGCCAACAAUGACGCAUCCCAGGUAGCCUAAUCACAGCCUUUAUAAAGCAAUGACUGAGCCCUGAUAGGCCGUUUCUAAGUACCAGGGGAGGGAGAUUAUCUACUUUGCCACACAUGUACCGUGUUGAUCUAAAUGGCCACUAGGAUCUAGGUGUAUUUACACACGGUGCAAGGUACGACGGGGAAACAACGUCGUGUCAUCAACGCUGAUUAACUUUUCAAAAUCAACACCUCAUUCAGCUUUCAUCCCAGGUCUGCAGCACGACCCUCAUUCACCCAUCAAGCAGACAUGGAAUCAAAACCCAUUGAAAUGGCAGCCCUAGGAAGACCUCUGUAUCCUGGUAUGCUGUAUGACUGCCGUGAAGAUUCCUUCAUUCCAGGUGUUACUCUGUGGGAUAAGAAAUCACUGAAUGAAGAUCUGAACAGUUAUCCACAGCUUAUGACAGAUUUAAAGUUCAGUAGCUUCGACUCUCUCUCUGAUAAGUCUAGUCUCCUGGAUGUAAGUGCUUCCCUGAAGGCCAGCUUUUUGGGAGGGCUAGUGGAGGUGGGAGGAUCUGCCAAGUACCUGCGGAACACUAAAUCUUCAAACCAACAGUCCAGAGUAACAAUGCAUUACAGUGAAACUUCAAGAUUCGAACAACUCACAAUGACUCAUCUGGGCAAGUUCACCUACCCUCAGGUGUUUGAGCAGAAAACUGCAACUCAUGUAGUCACAGCUGUGCUGUAUGGAGCUCAGGCCUUCAUGGUGUUUGAUCACUCAUUUGUAGAAGAUGAAAACAGGCAGGAGAUUGAGGGAGAACUGAAUGUCAUGGUCAAGAAGAUCCCUAAAUUUUCUGUUGAGGGACAAGGAGCUGUAGAAAUGACAGAUGAGGAAAAGAAGAAGGCUGAGGAGAUCACCUGCACAUUUCAUGGUGAUGUCCAUCUUGAGCAGAACCCCACCACGUACAUAGAAGCCCUAGAGGUGUACAAGAAGCUCCCCUCUCUACUGAGGGGGAAUCCACAGAACGCAGUGCCAAUAAAAGUCUGGCUCCAUCCUCUUUCUUUACUGGAUUCAAAAGCAGCUCAGCUUAUGAGAGAAAUCAGCACACGUCUCAUUUCUAACACUGAAAAUAUAAUAGAGCAGCUGGGAGAAGUAGAGAGGAGAUGCAAAGACCUGUCCAGAAGAACAAUGGUACUGUUUUUCAGUGACAUCAAAGAGAGGCUGCACUCAUUUCAGGGUUCAUUUAGCAAUUACAAGAUGGUACUCCAGAAAGCACUGGCCAGAGUCUUGCCUGCUAUUCGAGGAGGAGGGAUGGAGGAAAAGUCACUGGCAGACAUCCUGAAGAUCCACUUUAACUCCCCUUUUAAAGCUAGCAAGCUUAACCAGUGGUUACAUGACACCGAGUUACAACUUGACCUCUUGAGUGUUUACACUAAGACACUGAAGGGGAUCCAAAUAGAAGAUUCAGACAGUCUCAUCAGCCUCCUUGAUCCUGAUAUUGAUGUUGUGGUGUGCUUGACCUUCACAUCUCUGAAAUACAAAGACCCAUAUCUUUCAACCCUGAAUGAGUUUCUAAAAUCUGACCCCUUUAAAGAAUUAGAUGGGGAAAACAAGUUUCCCCUGACAUCUCCUCUUCAAAAAUCAUUCAACCCUCAUGAUUUCACUUCAAAAAUGAGAGAAAACUUAUCUCACUUCAGAAGUUUUUCAGAGGCCAAUAAAGAUGAAACGAGAAUGCGCUUCAUUAUUUCUGCAAUCUCUGAUUCCUCCAAUCCAGGCUCCUCGAUCUAUCUGUAUGAAAAAGGGAUUCUGACAGAUACACAGUUCCAGCCUGUGUCCAAGCCGCCCCCACCAGAAGUGAAGAAUGUCCUGGACCAAACUGUGUCCCUGAAACUGCAGAAGUCCCCAACUGGAGAAACAGUGAAGUAUAGAGUAGAGUACAAGCAGAUGAAAGCAGAUUCUGGAGCUGAGGAACAGUGGCUCUUCAUAGACACAGCUGAUGAAGACUUUACUCUGACUGGAUUGAUAUCUGGAAAGCAGUACCUGAUCCGCUACAGGAUAGUGGGUAAAGUAGGAGUGAGUGAAGCCAGUGAUACUGUCAGCCCUACACUCUCUCAAAUCACUGACUGGACCAGGAACGACUUCCUACAAUGAACCACUGAUACUUGGGGCCCGGUUGGACAUUGCUACUCACUGUUGUUUGCCGGGGUUCAGCACCAUAUUUCAGAAAUCCAAGGUUUUUACAUUGGGACAUUUGUUGACUUUAACUGGGCCUCAUUUUGAAAAUGUGGAUGUUGUAUCCAAUCAUUUAGGAAUCAGAUCUGUUCGUUUAUUAACUCGUUUUUUUGUCAAACUGAAAUCAUGUUUUACAGUCGAUGAAGAACAUUUUACUUUUUUACAGGGGUUUGUACUCCUGAUGUUGAGGAUCCAUUUCCAUGUUUGAUUAUUAAACCCAAUCUUGAAGAAGGUAUGGGUUUUUUGCUGGAAUCAGGUGAAUCUAUGCUCUUAGAUUGUUUUGUCAAGUGAAGGGAAAAAACUGUAUAGAGCCUGUGUUUUGGUUUUUAAUAAGAAAAUGUUAGAAAAAAGAACUGAUACACCAUGGCGUUCUAUUUUUAAAUUGAGAAAUGAUGUAAAACCUGAAUGGAGAUCAUUAUAUAAGCCACCAUUGUCUAAAAGGUUUGGUGAUAUACAAUGGAGAAUUCUCCACGGUGCCAUUGCUGUCAAUUCUUUUAUUUCGAUGCUGAAUCCAGAAGUUGAUUCUGCUUGCCCUUUCUGUCUUCAAAGGGAGACUGUUUUUCAUGCUUUCAUGCAUUGUUUUAGAUUAGAACCUUUGUUUGUGAGAUUAAAAGAAUUGUUUUGUAGGUUUGAUGAAACCUUUUGUAUUGAGACUUUCAUUUUGGGUUUUAAGUACUUUCAGAAAAAACGUUUCACCUGUCAACUGUUGAAUUUCAUUUUAGGGCAAGCAAAAAUGGCUAUUUAUAUCAGCAGGAAAAAUAGAGUGGAACAAAAGUGUAGCGAUGAUGUGAAUGUAUGUUUUUUAACUUUGAUCAAAUCUAAAGUUUUGAUUGAUUUUCGGUUUUAUAAAACUAUGAGAGAUCUUUCAAGCUUUGAAUUGAUAUGGUGCAGUCAUGGUGCUUUGUGUGCAGUUUGUGAAGGUGAUUUUUUUUUCUUUGUAAUUUCAUUAGGUUUUAGUAUCCUCUGUGUAAUGUGUUGAAUGGAUUAUAUGGUCAGCUUAUUGUGAAAAGAUACUGUUAAAAUUGUAGAUAAAGUUUUUUUCAAAAAUCAAAAUCUCUCUCUCUCUCUCAACACACACACACACAC